AUGAAAAAGGAAGCUGUUUGUGAUUUGGGCGUGAAAUUCUAUGAGAGGAAAAGAGGAGAGAGUUAUCUGUCUUAUAAUAGUUUGCGAGACAAGUUCCUUCCUAUUGUACUACCCCAAAGCAAAGCGAGACUUUUACGCGGUAGGGUAAAUGAUGAGGAAACUGUGCUUAUAAGUUAA